AUGGAUUAGUUUGAAUUUGUGAAUCUUGAAAAGAAGCCAUAAGGCAAUAAAAAUAAUUAAAGAGGAAAAUAAAAUAUUAGAUAAAACAAAAAUGAUAGAAAUAGAAAUAGAAGAAUCUAAAGGGAUAAUUAACCAUUCAAAAAAUAAAGAAAGUAAUGGAGAUUUAAAGAUUAAUAAAGAUAAAAUGUAGAUAAUUUAUUAUAACAAUAAUAGCGUCCAUUUCAAUCUGAGAAUAGAAUAGUGGCAACUGGUAAAAAGAGAAGACAAUAAUAAUAAUAAUAAAGAAAAUUUAAUUAAAGACCUAAAGUCCCUAGAAAUAUCUAACCAAAUGUCAUCAUAUAAGGAUUGGAUCCAAAAAUGACAGAAGCAGGUUUAUAAGUAUUAUAAUAAAUUUACUAAUUUAGGAAGCUUGUAAAGAUUUUGGUCCAAUGAAUAUGUGCAAAUUAGAUAGAGAUAAUUUUGGAUAAGUGAAGGUAAUAUGAAAUAUUAACAUUUGACCAGCCAGAAGGAAUUGGUUUAGUUAGGUUUACAAGAGUAGAAGAUGCUAAAGCAUGUGUCGAAAAGCUAGAUGGUGUUACUGUUUAAAUUAUUGGAGAAAAUAACAAUGUAAUUUAUAUUUUAUAUUUUUUAGGAAAAAGUAAUAUCUGCAACCUUUGUUAGCGAUACCUAACAAACUGAAAACAAUAGAAAUAGAGGUGUAUUGAACAUUACUAAGAGACCUAUUAAAAAAAGGUAUUGAUUCAAUAAAAUUAAAAUAGAAACUGGACAAGAUGAAUUUGAAUAAACACAAAUAUGUUAUUUUAAACAAUUCAAAAAAUCAAUCAUUUAGAUUUAUUAAAAUAAAUCAUCCUAUUUUGAUAUUAGAUUAUGGAUAAAUCCUGAUAAAAUGUAUAAAUUAGGAAAUAAAUAUACUCCAAUUAUCAGGGAGUUAGACUUAUUUCUAUAUAUUUGAUGGCCUAUUCAUAAUCUACUCUCUUACAUUGUCCUUGUUUCAAAUACUUUUUCUUAAUAGUCAAUUAUUAAAUGCC